CCCAUCUCCUUUCUCCCAAACACGGGGCAGAUCCCCAGCUCUGUAGGACUGGAGUCACCUCCACAGCACCGGGGUACACAGGAUACAUGGUCCCCAGCCCGGGGUACCCCUACAUCGGCAUGACCCAGACAGGUGUCACCCUCUGCAGCCCCAGGUGCCUCACCUCUGUCCCUCGGGCCGCCCUGCUCUUCAGCCUGGUUCUCACCUCCUUCCACUCGUCCUGCUGGAUAGAAGCCAGCAGCAGCAGCAACAGCAAUUCAACCCCGAUUACACACCACCCAGACCUUGGGACCCUGGAGCAGUGUACCAACAUGGACUUCUGCCCACUGGCCUCCCUGUGUUGUCGCUCCUCAGUGGAUGAAUACGGCUGGAUUGCAGCGGCAGUUGGCUGGAGUCUCUGGUUUCUCACACUCAUCCUGCUCUGUGUGGAUAAACUGAUGAAGCUAACUCCAGAGGAGUCCAAAGACCUGCAGGCAUGAAUGCAGAGCUGUAGCCCCAAGAAUGGCCAUUGCUACCGCAUCCGGGUAGCAGAGGGAGGGGAGGAUGCUUUGAGAAGCAGGGCUGCUAUAACCUUAAAGUCAUUUGUUCCUUGAAGCCUCA